GAAGGAGAAUGGAUUGAGUUUCGAGUCGAUAUUAUUACGCGAUUUGAAAAAUCUUCGCGAUUGAUAACGUUAUCAUCGGGAUCGGAUACGCGGCUUCGUUCGCUUUCCCGGUGGUGGGAGAGAAAAUAGGGAGACAUGCCGUUUGGCUGUGUGAAAAAAGCGGCGAAUAAAGACAGCCGAACGACAACGCGGCCGGCAAGGACGAUCGUAUGGCGGGACGGGUUGUUUCGCCACCACGAGGGAGAGAUUCGUGGACCGAAUCGAGAGAAAUCCGUCCGUCCGAGAAUGAGCGUGGAGAUAUUCUCAGACAAUGAGAGAAUGUCCGCGGGAGAAUUGAUACGACCGGGAAAGCCUCUUAAGUUAAUACCUCGCGGCCGCCGUUGCUGACAAACGCUUUUCUCCCUCUUUUCGUCGGGGGAUCUCGCGUUUGACUGGUCCAGCUUUCGUUCGAAAAAGAGGUUGGGACUAACCAUGUCCUCUAAGAGGCAUCGCGGGCGAAUAUUAAGUGUAGAUAACAAAAUUGUACAUGAGGGCCAUAAUAGAUAGGAUGAGCGCAUCUCGACACAACGAAGCACGUUGCUUCAAUGAGAACUCUCCCCGGCCACCAGUGCCAGGAGAGGAAACGGGAAACUAUGUCAGCCGGAUCCGUCCACAGAGUCCCGCUUUGACACCUAGACGUUCUUCUUUCGCGACACCGCACGUCUCCAGCGGUGAUUGCGAUGUUUCCGCGCCAUUGGGAUUCGAGCCGGAGGGUUGUUGCGGAACCACUACCAUGGAGAGCAAUUUGCGUCCCGCUCACGAAAGAUGGGCGGACAAUCUGCACUCCCUGUUAGAGGAUUCGGUGGGUCUGGAGCUAUUCAAGAGAUACCUGGAUGAAGAGGGGCACUUGGAUCCGCUCAUAUUCUGGUUUGCCUGCGAGGGUCUCAAACAACAGGUGGAUGUUGGGAAGAUCCCGCAGCUAGUGAAGCUCAUUCAUCAAAGGUUUUUUCGCAAAUCUCGGCUAACCAUACCGGAGAAUGUGAUGAAGGAAGCGGAUCGGCGGGUCAAGGAGGGUCGCGCCGAUCAGAAAGUGUUCGAUAUCGUGCAGCUGGAAGUCGAGCGGCUCAUCAACGAGACGACAUAUCCCAAUUUUUUCAAGUCCGACGUGUACCUCCACUACGUUCAAUCCUGCCAGAAUACCAAUUCGGGCGGUUGCCCAAGCUCGAGUUCGGGCAGUCGCGAGAUGUCCAUCUCUUGCGGACCGAGUCUAUUGCCCACCGUGCACGAAGACAGCGAGUAUGUCGACAUUAUACACAAUUCACACUCGGUCGGCGGGACGUCCGGAGAAUUAAGGGAGUUAAGAUUGACCAAAGAUGUCCUGAUGGCUACCCAACAAAGUAGAGCAAUGGAUUUACGACCGAGGCCAGAGGCGUACGCCGGCAUUUACUUACAACAUGGGACUAGUCCAUAUCACAUGCACGUAUCCAGAUUGCACGCACAAUAUUCCUCCUACAAUCCAGUAUCCAGACAGGAUUCUGAGCUUCAGAGUUUGAGCAGUGAUGCACGUACUGAAGUGGACAAUAUGUCCCUCAACGAUGGAUCCAUCGACGGAACGAACAGCGGACAGAGGAGUAAAAAGCAAUACGUGAAGCAAUCUAGUAGGGCAAUCAAAGAAGCCGCGAAUAUAAAUCGCGAAUCCAUGGUGCAUCACGUCGUCCCGCGAACCCAGCGUAUGGCGUCCCCGAAACAGAUGCCGGCGGAGCAGUUUGCGGAGAUGCUCACGCAGAAACUAGAGAUUCUGGCGCGAGAGCAAAAAAACCAGGAGAAACUAGACAAAUGCUUGCAGCAAGGGAACGAUAUGUCCAUCGGUAACGACGUGUCAUUAGAAGCGAUGAAUGGGGCAACCCACAAGACUCUGGGUGACGCGCCGAAGGAGAAAUUGCCCUUGGAGGAGGAUAGUAAUCAAGCCAUCCUCGACGAACAUGUGUCUCGCGUCUGGUCGGACCAGACACCGUCAAGAACCCCCAGGCUCUCGCCUGAGAGGAGGCGUCCUACGCACAAUUAUCCACGAUCUUAUAAGCAGAGGAAAGAAAAAGAUGUGGACUCUACAUUCUCAGUGGAUAGCGGUAAUAUCCACGAUUUCCAGGAUCGCAGCGAGCUUGUCGGGGCUAGUUCCAUGAGUUCGCUAGGUUCGCAUCUGCCCAAAUCUAAAUCCGUGCCAUCCGAUUACGCCGAUUCCCUCUACAAGCAGGAUCUCUACCUCCAAGGUCAUGAACAAAGAUUCCGAAGGUCGGACAUGACAAGACGAUCAGCUACAAAGAAAUCAAUGGCAGAAUUAACGGACAGUGGGGUGAGCGUCGUUAGUGACGUACCGCCUUCCAUAAAUAAAGAUAUUCGUCUGAUACCCCGGUUUAAGGAAGCAGACAAAAAAGUGGAUCUGAAACAUAGUUGUCGUCACGGCAAGAGGUAUGGCUCGCGUAGCGGAUCCUUGGAAAGACCAAACAGAGAAACGUGGAGCAUGGGCGUACCUGCUCAACCGUUUGUUGCUGACCCGGGAAUGCCACCUUUAACACCACCUCACACGGAUAUUCAAUUAGAGGAGACAUGUAGGAGACUAAAAGAGGAAAAUAGAGUGCGCGCCAGUUGCAAGCAACGACCUACGAACGUUUCGAAACAGAUGUACGAGUUCGCGUCACAGAGUCAACCGUACGUUCAGUCCAAUCAGUCCACGUUGAGAAAACCGAAACAGGACGCGGGCGAUUUUACCAUUGUUGUGUUCAGUUUCUGUGACGAGCAGUUCCCAUACAGGACAAAGAUUCCUGGUCACAAUGUCACUUUAAAACAAUUUAAGGAGUAUCUUCCGAAGAAAGGGAGCUAUCGAUACUUCUUUAAAACGGAGUGCGAGGACUUGGAUAUGAAAGUUAUACAGGAAGAGAUAACGGACGAUACCGAGGUUUUGCCAUUGUGGGAAGGCAAAGUGAUGGCGCAAGUUAAAGCGCUCGAGUAAUAGACUGAAUAGAAAAAACCGAGCGAGAGAAAAACAUGCACGAUUUUUAACAAAGUGCCGCAAUAAAUAUCUAAGAGAUCCACACACAUACACAACACUCGACCGGCAAGUCGAUGCGCUCGGUAUUUAUACAUAUAUACAUAUUAAGCUUGUCACGCGGCCUCCAUUUUUCAUAAUUGCCUAAGAAAGUAGUUUUAAUCAAUAGAAAAAGAAAUUAUCGAAUCGAGCAAUAUCGUUGCACGGAUGAACGGCUGCGGAAAGAAAAGAAGAAACGGCCUCAUGUUAAACUGUCAAUCGAAUGUCCUCGGAAGAACGUUGUAUUCUUCUUCUUACUGUUUGCUUCCGAUUUUUCGUCAAAAUCGUUUACACGUAUCUGGGCAGAGAAGAGCGUUCUUUUUUUUAAUCCUCCCUCUUCGAGAUUACUUUAUCAACGAAUUGACGCAGCUCGUGCGCGACAGCGCUUUAUUGUACAUAAAUUAGUAUGUAGUGUGAUUUUCACGACAAGACGACGACAUUACGUCGG